UUGCAUUCGUAGACACAACCACCACAAACCAGAGACAGAGGGCGGCGCCGCAGAGAGCCAAGAGAGAGCAAGAGAAAACAUGGGAGGCUGGGCUAUUGCAGUGCACGGAGGCGCUGGUAUUGACCCGAAUCUUCCCACUGAGAAACAAGAGGAGGCCAAAUUGCUCCUCACUCGCUGCCUUAAUCUUGGCAUCUCUGCUCUUCGUUCCAAUCUCCCUGCAAUUGAUGUUGUUGAACUUGUUGUGAGAGAACUAGAAACUGAUCCCCUGUUCAAUUCAGGCCGUGGAUCUGCCCUGUCAGAGAACGGAACGGUGGAGAUGGAAGCCAGUAUCAUGGAUGGGCCCAAGAGAAGAUGCGGCGCCGUAUCGGGCUUAACCACCGUGAAAAACCCGAUCUCUCUGGCACGUCUGGUCAUGGACAAGUCUCCACAUUCCUAUCUGGCCUUCUCAGGCGCCGAAGCCUUCGCCAGGCAACAGGGUGUUGAGCUCGUGGAGAAUGAAUAUUUCAUCACCGAGGAAAACAAGGGAAUGCUAAAGCUGGCAAAGGAAGCGAACUCCAUCUUGUUCGAUUACAGAGUCCCGAUUGCUGGAUUGGAAUCUUGCACUGCAGUUGCUGCGGCCGUGGACAGUCCCUUGCAAAUGAACGGACUCCCAAUCAGCAUCUACGCGCCGGAGACGGUUGGAUGUGUGGUGGUGGACAGCCAGGGAAGGUGCGCGGCGGCUACAUCAACUGGUGGGCUUAUGAACAAGAUGAGCGGCCGGAUUGGUGAUUCGCCACUGAUUGGGUCAGGGACCUACGCGUGCAAUCUUUGUGGGGUAUCUUGUACAGGGGAAGGAGAGGCUAUCAUACGCGGGACCUUGGCGCGAGAUGUGGCGGCUGUGAUGGAGUACAAGGGGCUUGGGCUUCAAGCGGCUGUGGAUUAUGUGAUCAAGGAGAGGCUCGAUGAAGGUCAAGCUGGGUUGAUCGCGGUGUCAAAGGACGGAGAAGUGGCUUGUGGGUUCAACACAAAUGGGAUGUUCAGAGGUUGUGCUACCCAAGAUGGGUUCAUGGAGGUUGGAAUUUGGAACUAAAUUAAAAUAUCCACCAUUACUAGAUUGUUUCAUGAACUUCUUGUUUCAUUAUUAGGUGGGUAGAGAAGACCAACAAAAGUUGUUCAGGUGGUGCGGUCUGUAAUCAGUCUGAAUAUUAUCACGAAUAAAAAUAAUAAUUAGUCCCUUCUCCAUUAAACCAA